AUGAGAGUACAAUCAGAGAUGACAGGGAAACCUAGAAGAGCUAUCCCUUUACUCACUAGAUUAUUCCCAUCAUCCUCUUCAUUCAUUGCUCAAGCAUUUGCAAAGUAUUUGGCAGCUAUAAAGAGACUAAGUAUUCUAAAUAAUAAUAAUAAUAAUAAUAAUGCUGGUGUACCAAGAAAUAAUAUAUCAAAUGAAACAACAGGUUCAUCUGGGUCUACUUCCAGUACUGGUUCGAAUUCAUCAUCUUCUACAACAAGUGGUAGUAAUGGUAGUGGAGGGGGAUCAAAUAGACAUUCAUCAAUGAUGAUGAUGAUGAUGCAAUCAAAUAAUGAUCAACCGGUCUCAAACAAACAAAAAAGAUUGGCUAUUUUAUAUUUGGUAUUGAUACCUUAUAUUAAAUCAAAAUUGGAUGAAUGGUAUAAAAGAGAAUCUGAUCCAAUUAAUAUGUUGGGUUUAAAUGAAGAUGAUGUAGAUGAAGAUGAUGGUUCAAUUAGAAAACCAUUGAAAAAAUCAAUUAGAAGGUUAUUUGUAAAAGUGUAUCCAUAUAUCAAUGCAUUUUACGAGGCUACCUUUUUCCUUUACCAAAUACUCUAUCUAUACGAAUACACAAGUUAUUACACUCCCUUUUUACAUAUCCAAAGAAUUGUAUUAAAACGUUUAACAAGACAAGAUAUUGAAACACAUAAUACAACAAUUGCAAAUCGUAGAAAUGAAAGAUUGGCAGUUGUUAGAAAUUGGCCACUACCAGGAUUAUUUAUUCCAAUUGUCAGUGUAUUGGAUAGUGUUUUGGAUUAUUCUAAAUUUAUAUUGCCAGCAUCGGUAUUUCUAUUUAAAUCGUUGGAGUGGUGGUACUCUGAGAAUAGAAUAUCAUCGCCAUCGGUACCAGUCCCACCACCUCCAGCUCCACCCAAACCAGCUGUCGGAGGAUUGGCAGUGCCACAAGACAAACAACAAUGUCCACUCUGUCUCCAGCCCCGUACCAACCCAGCCAUCUGUGGAAGUGGCUUUGUAUUUUGUUAUCCUUGUAUAUUCAACUAUGUCCAACAACACUCUAAAUGUCCAAUCACUUAUAUCCCAACUACCACAGAUCAACUUCGUAAAAUAUAUGAAACCAUGUAG